AUGAGAUGCAAUGCAUGCUGGCGAGAAGUAGAAGGACGAGCCAUUUCCACAACAUGUGGUCACCUAUUGUGCACAGAUGAUGCGAAUAAGAUAUUAAGUAACGAUGGAGCAUGCCCAAUUUGUGAUCAGGUCCUUUCGAAGAGUCUCAUGAAACCUGUGGAUAUCAAUCCCAAUGACGAAUGGAUAAAUAUGGCAAUGGCGGGAGUAUCUCCACAGAUAUUGAUGAAGAGUGCAUAUAGAAGUGUGAUGUUCUACAUUGGGCAAAAAGAACUGGAGAUGCAGUUUAAGAUGAACAGGAUUGUUGCUCAAUGCCGUCAGAAAUGUGAGACGAUGCAAGAGAAGUUUACAGAAAAACUAGAGCAGGUGCAUACUGCUUACCAAAAGAUGGCUAAGAGGUGCCAGAUGAUGCAACAGGAAAAUGAGAGCUUAACCAAGGACAAUCAAGAACUUCAGGAAAAAUUUGCUGAAAAAUCCCGGCAGAAGAGAAAAUUAGAUGAAAUGUAUGACCAGCUGAGGAGUGAGUUUGAGUCAGCGAAGCGUUCUGCCAUACAGCCUGCAAGCAAAUUUUAUUCCAGAAACGAGCCUGAUUUGUUCUCUAACCCACCUAACAUAAUGGAUGAGAGAGAAACCGGCAGAAAAGGUGGUCCGGUAUUCACUCCUGACACUCCAGGACCAAGAGAGGAUGUAUGGCCAGCAAGGCAGAAUAGCAAUAACUCCGGUCACUUUGAUAUCUCUGUUGGCUCACCGGCAAAACAACCAGUCAUUACAGGAGAUGCUGGGAACAGAAGGCUUGGUGCUCACCCUGUUUUUGGGUCUAAUGCUACUGGUAACCCAUCCAUGACAUUGAGGAACUUGAUACUCUCUCCAAUAAAGCGGCCUCAGCUCUCACGUAGCCGCCCCCAACUAUUCACGUGA